GACAUUGACUUGUUUAGGUUAUAUUUGUAAAUAUUUGUUCGUACUUGUCAUAAAAUUAUAGAUGGUAAAAACUAAAAUGUAAACGGUUCGUAUCUAGUUAAGCAAAAGUAUUUAAAUGUUAUUCAGCUUAUGUUCGAGGGCAGGUAAUUUUAGAUUUUCAUCAAAUAUCCUUUAUUUGUUCCACAUACACUACAUAUUAUGACAGUAUCAAAUAUGAUGAAGAAAAUAAACAAGAAAAUACCCGGUAUUCUACCGCCACCUCCGAAAAGUGAAAUAGAUGGAAAAAUAGCCAAUCUCUCUUCUAAAACUAUCGCAGAAUUGCUUGAAUUAAGAGAUCGCCAGCUGAAACUAUUAAAUAAUAAGCCAUUUAUAAGUAAAUUAGCAGAUAAAGGGGCAAAAAUACAAGCAUUCGUUGACAAAAUCUUAGCAGAAUUAAAAGCCAAAGAAGAAGAAGAACAAACAUGUAAUUUAUUCAGUAAUUUAAAAUUGAACUCAAUAGAUGAGAAAUCUGUGCAAGAUAUAGAAUGGCAAGGUAAAGUAGAACAAAACAAAAAUACAUAUCUUGAUUCCGAUGAUGACAGUGAGCCUGAAGAGGUUUUACAUAUUUUAAGUCAGAGAACAAAUGAAGAAAAGAAGGUUAAAGUUCUAUCACCUGAAAAACCUCUCAUUACCCCUGAAGAUCUACUCAGUAUUGGAGAAGUGCCUCAUGUUAAAUACAUUGUUGAUAAAACUGAAAAUAAAAAUUUUAAACCAAAGCCGACUGGUCAGUUCAAGCCAUAUAAGACAACAACAUCAGAUGUACACAAACCAGAAAAAGAAUUGCAGAGAAAAAAGCAUAAACAUUGGGAAGUUACAGCAGCUACCCCUCCACCUAUUGUUCAUGGUCCAGCAAAAGUCUUGAGCUUAGAAGAAUCAUUGAAACUACAGCAAGAGUACAAUAUACAUUUGAAAGAAAUAGAAGCCAUGCAUGCCGCUGAGAAACUGCUAGCAAGAGCAAGUGUAAAGAUGCCUGCAUUACCAGAUGAUACUUCGAAAUUUGGAGCCUAUAGAAGAACUGAGGAGCAGGAUAGUGAUGAUUCUGGAUCUGAAUCAGACCCUGAAGGCAGUGACAAAGAGGUUCAUGAUGAUGAACCAGAGCGAGGCGGAGUCAUUUUCACAGUUAUGAAAUGAUUAAGAAUAUUUAUAUUUGACAACUCUCUAGGUGUAUUUAACAAUAUGAGACUUUAAAAGUCGGAUGCUGAAAAGAUUCAAGUAGAAAAAAUCAUUAAAAAAGUAUUUGAAACCUCUUACCUAUUAUAAUUGUUCCUACCCCUGAGGGGUAAUGAACGUAUUAUGUUUGUGUUUAUAAAUGGAAUUUACAAGUCAAAUCAGCAUUUUCCACUAAAGUGCUGUUUUAAAUUAUGACUAGAGUUGGUCGCCAAUGUAUAUAUUAGAAAGAGUAUUAAUUUUGUUACAAUGAGUUUGCAUAGCAAAUCAAGUUUCGUACUUUGCUAAGAAAAAAAAUGUAAAAACUGGAAUAAUUUUAUAUUAUAAUUAUCUUAAAUAUUA